AUGGAUCAAGACCAGCCCAACCAAGACAGUAAUACAAGAAAUGCUCUUUUAGUUGUGGCUACUUUGAUUGCUUCCGUGACCUUCCAAGCAGGAGUCAACCCUCCUGGUGGGGUUUGGCAAGAAAACCCACCCCCCGAUCUUGCUCCUCCUCCUGCUGCUACUACUAUCAAUACGAACCCAAGCCUUCUCAGCCCUCCUAAUUAUAGGGAUACACAUAAACCUGGAAAGUCCAUUUUAGCUAAUAAUAGGAUAUCCUAUGGCGUUUAUAUUGUCUGCAACACUGCAGCGUUUUCUACGUCGGGUUACAUGAUUGGAUCUCUGGUCGAAGUAUCAGGAAGCUUUAAAGUAUUGGUGCGGGUUGCCCUAUUUUUCAUGGGAGCCACCUACAGUGCUUCAGUCUUGGCUGUGCUGCCAGAUCAUGGACCUCUUAAUACUUACUUAUUGUUUAUCGCACUUCUUGUACCGUCUUUAGUUUUGUUUGCAAGAGAAAUUUGGGGUGACAUUAAGGCAGCAUGGGCUAGACAUAUUUGCUCUUCUUGA